GUGACAAAUUGUUGUGCUAUCUGGGGUUCUACAAAAAUUUCGACAGAUCUAAUGUGGGGAAUAUUCUUGUUUCCCUUUUCGAUGAGUGAGACACUGCACGACAUCGAACUUAAUGCGCGGCUCUGUCCCAUCCCUGCGAGGAAGUUUACUUUCUACACCGUAUAUAUAAACCACAGUUCAUGUUUUGUUUUGACAUUUACAAAAAAUUCUUACACAGAUUUUUAAUAAUGUCCAAUUUAUUACACAUUGAUGGUAGUUUAGGUGAAGGAGGAGGACAAGUAUUAAGAAUAGCUCUUAGUUUGAGUGCACUUUAUUCAAUUCCAAUAGAAAUUGAUGGUAUUCGUGCAGGUCGUCCAAAACCUGGUCUAGCUGCUCAGCAUUUGAAAGGAGUUGAACUUGUAAAGGAAUUGUGCAACGCUAAUGUUACUGGAGCUUAUAUUGGUUCAACACGCUUAGAAUUUCGGCCAGGUCCUUUACAGGGAAAAGUACAAGAAUACAUUGCAGAUACGAAAACAGCAGGUUGUAUUGGUUUAUUGGCUCAAGUGGCACUUCCUUGUGCUCUUUUUGCUCCUUCCAGCCAAAUAAAUUUAAUAUUCAAAGGUGGGACAAAUGUCCCCAUGGGACCUCAUAUUGAAUAUCUAACAGAAGUUUUUAAACCCAUUCUUAACAAAUUUGGAGCUGAUUUCGAUUUCUCCGUUAUAAAAAGAGGAUAUUAUCCAGCAGGAGGUGGAGAGUUUCAUUUAAAAGUAAAACCUGUAAAAAAUUUAAAUGCCAUUACGUUAACGGAUCCAGGCUUGCCAACGCAGAUCACUGGUUGGGCCUAUGUUGCAGGAGCUGUUCCCCUAAACGAAGCUCAUAAAAUGGCUAACAAUGCUAAAGUAGUUAUGACACAAGGAUUAUCCAAACAUGAUAUCACAGUUCCACCUACUGAUAUUUUAGUGUACAAAGAGGAUAGAGACGUGGCAGUUGGACAUGGAUCUGGAAUAAAUAUUGUUUGCACGACAACUACUGGAUGUAUAUUUGGUGGUUCAGGACUUGGAUCAAAGAAAGAACAAAAAUGUCCUGGUACAGAAGCUGCAAAUCAAAUUUUGAUGCCAAUUUUAUCAAACUCCUGUGUUGAUGAACAUUCACAAGAUCAGAUAAUUAUCCUGAUGGCUCUUGCGAAAGGAACUUCAAGAAUAAAUAUAGGCAAAAAUAAAUUAACAUGCCACUCGGAAACAGCAAUGAAAAUAGCAGAAAUUAUGUUAGGAGAUAAGGGCUUGCGUUUCAAUUAUUUCAAAAGUGGAAAUAAAAGUGAUGAUUCUUAUAUUUUAGAAUGUAAUGGAGUUGGUUUAGUAAACGAAUUUCUAAAAUAAAGUAUAUGAAUAAUAAAAAUAAAA